UGCGCUUGACUUGCAGUUGGAAGCACUUAGUAAACACAUCCUCAAUUCUUCAUAUCACUCUCAGCAUGGCCACUGCUCCUGCUCUUACCUACGGACUUCUAAUCUCAAUUUGCACUCACUUCACCUCUUCACAAGGACACCGUGAAUUUGUAAAUCAAACCGUUUCUGCUGUAUAUGGGGAGAACCUCCAGCUGCCCUGUUCUGUACCCCAUGGAAAGAGUGAACCAAUAAGACGAUGGCUUCUGAAAACUUGCUUCAUGAAGCCGUGGAAGCAGAUCGCUGGGGUCAAAGGAGCUGAGGUGCAGAGCGAUGAGAGUCACUUUCAGAUGCUGGGGAAUGGGACACUGCUGAUCUGGUCAGUGGGCAUGGAGGAUCAGGGACUGUUCAAAUGCGGAGUGGCAGAGGAAGGAUUGGAGAUCUUCACCGUGACCAAUGUCUCAGUCUUCAAACCGCCUGCCAAACCUCAGCUGAUGAAAAGCUACUUGAGCUUUACUGUAGGAGGAGAUUUCGAGAUUGGGAAGUGUAUCGUAAAGGAUGGCUAUCCUGUCGGUAACGUUACCUGGUAUAAAAAUGGCAAAGUGAUACCUGCCAAUGGAAAUGAGACACUGAACAAAAUCCGCAUCAUGAAGAAUCAGAACACUGGACUUUAUACAAUCGAGUCGACACUAUAUCAUACAGUGAGCAAGGCUGAUAUAAAUGCCAAGUUCUUUUGUGAAGUGGUUUAUCCCUUCAAAGGAGGAAAUGGCACGCAGAGAUCUGAACCCAUCACCAUAGAUGUGCAUUACCCAGUGGAGAGCGUUAUGAUUGAGGUCCAGCCGCCCAGUGGUAUGAUCAGAGAGGGCGAUAACGUCACCCUGAACUGCACGGCUGACACCAACCCCUCACCAGCGGAGUACGUCUGGGAAAAAGAUGGGAAGCCGCUCGAUGGCCUGAGCCUGUACAAGCUAUAUGCCGUGACGAAGGAGGACGAAGGGGAAUACGUGUGCACUGUCUAUGAUUUCAACUACAACGUCAAAUCAGCGGUCAGGGUCAUCCACGUGAAAGCAGGGAAAGAAGACAAUAAGUCAGAUGAAAGAGGAGUGUUUCCAGUGAUUGCUGAAGAGAGUCACUCAGCAGAUCAUCACAGACAGCCCAUAGCCAUGAACAGGGCUGCCAUGGUUAUUGGAAUCCUAGUGACAUUAAUGGCUGUGGCUUUCUUCACUAGCGUGGCAUAUUACCUGUGCUACUACAGGAAGAAGACGGAGAAGAAACCAUUGGAGGAUCUAGAGGAGAGGAGACCAAUGGAUCCAGAGAAUGUUCCUUCAACAGUGGAAAAGGUCAUUCGUGAGGAAUGACGGGCUUCCAGGUCUUGCUGAAUCUCUGCCAGCAACGAAUCCAGAACAUCAUUACAUCUAGUACAACAUUCAGGCAUAAUAAAGCCAAAGAUUGAUCAGAACCUUAAACCUCUGUAUUAAAAAAAUGAAGAUUUUAAUUUUGGUUUUUUCAAUGCUAUUAAACAUGAAGCCUCCAAUGUCUAUAGCCUUACUGUAUUGAUUAUCUGCUAAGUCUCCACAAGACAAGUUGGGCCUGCUGUUUGCAGUACUAUUGUUGGAUUGUUUCUCUUGUUCAAUGAAAUGCACGCUACUUAUUUUGUUACCCAGUACUGCAAUUCUCUUCAGUCUGUGUCCUUGCGUGUUGCCCAUGUUUCCUAUUAUAGGGGGAAGACCCUUGAACGGUUUCUGUCCAAAAAUCGCUGUGCAGUCAGUUCAAUUGGUCAAAUACAGGGAUUAGUGGUGGACAGGGCCAGAUAACUGCUUUGUAUAAUGUUUAAAAUCCGAAUAAAGUUAUUGCUUUUCAGA